AAUCGCUCAUGUCAAGGCGGCUGCCCCCUUUUUCUCCGACCACUUUUUCCCUCUACGAAUCGGCAGUGUUCCCAUCAGGUGCUGUGUGGUAGUUUCUGCCAGAGUCGGACCGAAAAAGAGGCCCCAAAAUACCAGAGGCUUCCCCCGGAGCAGAGCGCUCGCCGAGUGACACAAGUUGCACAGUAACAAAGCCGCCGCAAAAUGUAUCGUUUGCUGGUGCAGAAGGCGCUCGCGAACAAUUCGAAACGACCGUCCGCCCAGCUGUUCGCCGCCAGCCGAUCGUACAGCGGAAGCGCACGAGGAUCCAAUCUGCCACCGUUCCAGGAGGCAGGAUUCGGAAAGGUGCUAGUGGUUCUCUCGCCAAUACUAAUUGGCGGAGGAGUUGUAACGUACGCCAAGUACGAUAAUGAAUUCCGCAAAACCCUCAUCACGAAUGUUCCCGCGCUGGAACCGGUGCUAAAGACGCUGCUGCAGGAGACGAACCCUCUGGAUGAGGUAUCCAAAAAGAUAGACGACAUUAGCAAAACCAUCGGGGAGUAUACGUCCACCAUUACCGGCUUCUUUGGCGGUGGAGAGGAGGAAAAGAAGCAGGACAAAAAACCUGACUUGCCACCAAUCACCAAGGCUAAAUCGGUUCACGUGCCGGUGCCUUCGCCACCGCUACCAAAACCGGAACCUCUUAACCUCUCCGAAAAGGCACCGGAAGCACCGAAGAAGAAGGAAGCGGCACCGAAAGUCGUUCCCACCCCGGCAACAGCUACCAAAGCUGCCGCUGCAGCUUCUACCGCCAGUUCGGCGGCUGCACCUGCUGCCAAAAGUGCACCGAAACCGGUGCCCCUUUCAUCUGCCGGCGAAACAGUACCCAAGUCCAUCGGCGAUCUUGAGCAACAGGUCGAGGUGGCCGCUACGAUUGCCAUCAAGCAGUACGGCCAGGCUGUCGAUGUGCUGAAAGCAUACACGGAGGAGGUCCGCAAGGUGGUGGACGAAUCGGUCGACAAGCUGGACACGACCAGCUGGACCAAGCUGCGCAAUCGCACCAGUGCGCGUGAUACCGCGCUAGAGGCGGCGGAAAAUGCGGCCGAUCAAGCGAAGGCAAACAUCGAGAAGCUGCACGCGCUGCUGAACAGCCGCGAGAUCAAGUGUUCGGACGAGCUGAAGGACAAGGCAAGGCAGAACAUUGCCGCCUACCUGGAGCAUCUGAAGAAGGCCAGGGAGGAAGUGUACGAGGCGCGCGAUCUUGCCUCGCUCGGUGAGAAGUACUGGAAGCGCGUUGAGGCGGCGCGCAACUACUUUGUCGACGAGAUGGAAUCCCUGUUCCCGGGCAUUAACUUGUCCGAGCGCAAGCUAAACCUGUCGAAGGACGAGCUGGACCUGUUCAUACUCCACGCCUACACGCAGGUGAUCGCACACCAGAAGGAGCUGCAGAAGCUGCAAAUCGAGGGUGACCAAAGCUUGCGCCGCGCGCUAGAGGCCGUACGUGGGUCGGACCAGAGCGUGGAGGUGAAGUCCCGGCUGGAGUAUGAGAUGGCGAAGGAAACGCUAAGGCUCAACCUGCUCAACCAGAAAAAGCUGCUGCGUACGCGGGCCGAGCUGGAGCAGCAGAUGCGCGAGCAGAUGAAGCGCCAGACGGAGGCACACAUCGACCAUCUGAAGGAUGCGCUCACGCAGAAGGAGGUGGAGAUGAAGCGAAAGUUUCAGCGCGAGCUGGACGAGAAGAUUACGACGGAGCAGGCCAGCUACAAGCUGCAGCUGGCGGCCAUGCUGGGCAAGCUGAAGGGUAUCCACAAUGCAUUGGUCGAGAUUGAUACCGAAAUGGAAGAGCAUGCGGAUGCGGAGAAAAGCGCACACCAAGCACAAGCACUCUGGGGUGCCUGUCAAUCGCUGUGGUCUUCGAUUCGCGCUGGCCAACCGGGAAAAUCGUGGCGCGAACAGCUGCGCCCGCUCAAGGAUGAAAUUGCGGCCGUUGCACGCUCCGCGGAAGGUGACGAGCUGGUGACCGUCGUGUUGAAGGGGCUGCCCGAAACAGCUGUCAAGCGUGGUGUCUAUCCGGAGGAUGCGUUACGCGAACGUUUCCUCAAGGUGGAGGAAGUUUCGCGCCGGUUGGCCCUCAUUCCCGCCGGAGGUGCCCGACUGCCGAUGUAUGUGUUAUCCUACCUGCAGGCCGCCCUUAUCGCACGACCCGAUAAGCCGAUCUCGCAAGACGAGCUCGAGAACAAACCGUUCGACUUUAGCAAGCUGGACACGUACGACAUUUUGAACCGCGCCCGGUACUGGCUCGAUCGGGGCGAUCUGGUAAAGACGGUGCAGUACGUGAAUCUGCUCCAAGGUGCUCCACGUAAGGCCGCGCUCGAGUGGUUGAACGAGGCGCGAUUGCUGCUGGAAACGCAACAAGCGGCCAGUACGCUGAUGGCGCAUGCCGCCGCCAGCGGUGUCCGAUUCCUGUGAGAUGCGACUGAUUCGUAUUAAACUUAACACACUUGGUCUGCUGAUUGGUAUGAUUGGAAGGGAAAUGCUCCUGCCCCCCCCGCCAGAAACCACCUGCCAGCAUAGCUGUUAACACAGCUGCGUUGUGUGCGCUGUGCAGAAACAAAAUGUUUGUAUCCGCUACAGUGCGCUGUUUGUUGUGUGUUUUUGUGUCCAUUUCGCUUUAGUUUUGUUGUCGGGGGUUGUAGUGCGUUGCAGCUACACUACAAAAGAUGCAAAAGAAAAAGGAAACAGCCACAUUCGGGUAUCAAAUAACGUAGAAGAGAACAGGCAUCAAGUAUUGUUAAAGACGUAUAUUUCCGUUUUCCUUCCCAUCGCUUGGUUCCUAGGUUGAUUUUAAUUGUGUUCCAUGUAAAGCUGGUGAUUUAGAAGCGAGUAACUGCUGGCAUAACAAUGAUGGAACCGUAUUUCAGCAAUCGGCGAUGAUGAGCUUUAGGACCGUAUGGACAGAGCAAGAGAAUUAUUUAAUAAAGUCAGUCAUUUCACAUGGAAA